UCAAAAGGGUGCGUCAGCGAAGACAACCAUCAGCGACGUCAGUCACGAGAUCAGAGUAGUAAUUCGAGGUAAUUGGUAUGCACUCUUGAAGAAUCCAAAAAAUCCGGUUCGAUCUCUACUCAACCGCUACUCAACCAUUGCCUUUGCCAAACGUGUGGAUCCUAGAAGGUAACCUAUUUGCAGUGUAAUCUUCGGAUCGUUCUCCCCAUCUUUGCAUUCGUUAUCAUGGGCAACGAAAAGGAGGCGGAUAUAAUUAGCGUCGCGGAAAGACCUGAGAAAAAAACUCUGCUCGAGAGAUACAACAUACCGGUGGAAAAUAUCUCGUACGAAUUCAUAUCGCAAUGCACCGAUGGGAGAACACUGGAGCGAAUCGUUCUCAUCUUACGUUCUGGAGAAGAGGGAGAGUAUCCAGAUUUGACGAAGCACGCGGAGGAGCGUCUCGCUAGGAUUAGACCGACGAGCGCUCUUUUGAGGAAGGCGGAGCCAGUUUUGAGGCGAAAUAUGUUAAAUGCGAACGAACGGCAGGAAAUCGACGACGACAUCAGCAAUUGGACGUGCGAGAUGCAAUUUCGUGAGAAAGAUUUAGACGAAGGAAAAACUAUCCUUACCAACGAACCACAGCCAGAAAUUCGACAGAUGAAAACGAAUACUACAAAAGCUAAAAAGUCGAAGAUCAACGAGAAAAAAUGCAAACCCAAACGAAUUGCCUCGUGUGAUUAUGAGGCUUGGGAUAAAUACGACAUUGACACAGAAAUAAACAGGAUAGACCUGCAAGACGAGCAACGACAGGCCGAAAUGAAGAGAAUCCAGGAACAGCGAAAAGAACUGGAUAAAAUGAAUAAAAUGGCACAUAAAACGGCAGUUGAUAAACUUUCAUUAACUGGUACGGAAAUUAACGUAAUGGCGGAACAAGAAAGAGAAAAAGGGAAUGAAGCCUUCAGAGCGGCUGAUUACGGGGAAGCUCUUCGGCAUUACAACGCUAGCAUCGACAUAGACUCGAAUCUAAAUGCUUACAACAAUCGUGCUAUGACAUUUAUAAAGCUGCAGCGUUACGAGGACGCGCUUAACGACUGCAACACGGUACUCACUAUGGAUUACAGAAAUAUCAAAGCGCUCCUUCGUCGGGCAUUAUCUCUGGAGCAUCUAGAAAAACCGCACGAGUCUUUGGCUGAUUACGAAGCUGUUUUAAAAUUGGAGCCAACUAAUAAAACAGCAAUAUCCUGUGUAAACAAAUUGAGAAAGCCAUGCGAGUCGAGGAAAAUAAGGAUGAAGAUCGAAGAAAAUAUGAACGAUGACGAAAACAAGAGCAAGUAUAUAAAAACGAAGAGCACUGUGAAAGCAAACAGCAUCGAAUGUCCGAAACUGCGUGUUAACAGCGAUAUAUGUUAUUGCGACAGAGCGCCAGGCCCGUCGCGAAGUAUUGCAACGAAACCGCAUUUAAAAGCGAGUUACUGCGUGGAAAUUAAGAGCAACAAAGCGACGGCAGUAGCAGCAGCAGUAGCGGAUAUCGCAGCAAAUAAAAGCAACGAGAAAACAACACGCGACUCAUCGAGCGGUGAUAAAUUAUCACCUGUUGCGAGGGAUUUCGGUGCCAAAAAUAAAACGACGAGAUCGCAAGACGCCAGGAACGACGAUAUUUUCAUGAUUUCGCGCGAGUCAUUUCCCGGACCGCGUGGUGCAAAGGGUAGAUUGGAGAAGUCUAUCUUUUCGUGCGUGUCGUCGCCUAUGAGUAAAACGAAGCCAUCCACGGUUAUUAUUGAAGAGCUUCCGAGCGACGAAGCGUACGAGAAACCGAUGGAACCUGCCGACUCCACUAAAGAGAAGAGGGAAGCAAAGAAAGGAACGAGUCUGGUAGAAGAAAAAAAUGCCUCAACAAAGAAAUCAUGUACGAAUAAAAAUAAGGAAUCAAUCUUCCUCGAAAAAGAAAGCAAGACUGAAACAAAUUCAAAGCCCAGCCAAAUUCAGGCUGAUAAGAGAUAUGAGAAAUCAAAAAUAACUAGCGAUUAUAACGAAGCAAGGAUGGAAAUAAAGAAAAAGACAAAAGAGAAGAGAGAUAUACUGUUAAACCAAAAAUCAAGUAUAGACAAGAACAAAAAGCUAACUCUUGAAAAGGAAGGCAAGACUAAAGCGAGUAUAUCAAACAAAAUUAUUACUAACGAGUAUCAAAUAGAAAGCAAGUUGGAAAUGGAUCUUCAGAAACUGAACAUCGAAUCUCCUUACGAAUUUCUACGUCUAUGGCAGUCUCUGAAGGAUGAUGUUAAUCUAAAGUUGCAUGCAAAACUUUUGCGAUGUAUAGCACACGAGGACAUGAAUAAAAUUAUAGGCAACAAAUUAGAUGCAGCGAUGUUCAGUCUCAUUUUACGUUGCUUGGAUCAACAAUUCUGUACGCCGAAAGACACGGAAUUGCUCGCGAAUCUGCUAUACUCUCUGAGCCGAUUGAGUCGGUUUUCCAUUAUCAGUAUGUUCAUGGAUUCCGGGGAUAAAAAAGCCCUGGGAAAUAUAUUACAUUUCCUGGAAAAGGAGAAUUCACCCAAGGUCUCGCAAUUACGUCAGAUCUAUGUUACCUGAAGACCGCGUUAGCAUCAUUGAAUA